GAAGGAAUAUGUCUGAAAACCCUGAAAACCCUAGCUGUCUAUACACACAUCCAAUCUCUGUCCUCCCCCGUUCUAAUCUGCCGCUCCAUUAUACUUUAACCUGCAAUCAUUUAAUCUCUAUGUAUCUCCAUAUUUAAACCCUAAGCUAAACUCUCUCUGGUUUCACCCUCCAUGCCGAACAUCUCUACGAUGGAGGGGUAUGGUGGCAGGUGGCCCAUCAGGUUUAUGUGGAGGUCCGGGGUCAGUGACGGGAGGUGUGGAGGCAGUGGCGGUUGUGGGAGAUGCGGCGGCGGCUUGAUUUCAAUCUUAAUUAACUGAUUUUGUUUUAUUUUCAACUUGAUUCAUUCAGAUUGCUUCACAAGGUGUUACGUUUCAUGACGAGUGGCGGUAUGCUGUUCAUAUCCUAGGGCACAUUUACCUAAAUGAUUUUUAUUAUCUGGCAUUUGCUGUGUUUGUGGGUUGCAAUGUGGAUCUGGCAACAUGUGCUGGAGUUCUUUGUGCGUAUAUUGCCCCGCAGCUGGUUCCGGUAUACCUGAGGUUAAAGCUUAUCUUAAUGGUGUAGAUGCGCAUUCUAUUCUGGCUCCAAGCACCCUCUUUGUAAAGAUUUUUGGAUCGAUAUUUGGAGUGGCUGUUGGAUUUGUUGUGGGAAAGGAAGGCCCAAUGGUUCACAUGGGGGCUUGCAUAGCUAACUUACUUGGUCAAGGAGCAUCUACAAAGUAUCAUUUGACAUGGACAUGGCUUAGAUAUUUCAAAAAUGAUAGGGACAGGAGGGACUUGAUCACAUGUGGUGCAGCUGCUGGUGUUGCUGCUGCUUUUCGUUCCCCUGUUGGCGGGGUUCUCUUUGCACUUGAAGAAGCAGCCUCAUGGUGGCGGAGCGCUCUUCUUUGGAGAGCGUUUUUCACAACUGUUGUAGUAGCUGUGGUUUUGAAGGGCCUGAUUGAAUAUUGUAAAACUGAACAGUGUCGAUUGAUUGGGGAAGAUGGUCUGAUCAUGCGCGAUAUCAAUAAUUCAGUACCUUCUUACAACACCAUUGAUCUCCUUGCCAUUGUAUUACUUGGAGUUACCGGUGGAGUUUUUAGAAUCAUUUACAAUUAUCUUGUUGAUGAGGUCUUGUCGCAGUGGUGGCUACAACAUUAAGAUGGGCCCCGGUUGUUCUAUAGGGCUGACGAAGUUUGACAUGGGUUGUUCCGCAACGGUGUUAGUGAUGGAAUAUGCCUCCGGUGGGGAACUGUUUGAUCGAAUUUGCAACGCGGGCCGAUUCAAUGAGGAUGAGGCCCGAUUCUUCUUUCAACAACUGAUUUCUGGAGUCAGCUAUUGUCACUCUAUGCAAGUUUGUCACCGUGAUUUGAAGCUAGAGAACACGUUGUUGGACGGAAGUCCUGCUCCUCGUUUGAAGAUUUGUGAUUUCGGAUAUUCCAAGUCUUCAGUGCUGCAUUCACAGCCAAAGUCUACGGUUGGUACACCAGCAUACAUUGCUCCUGAAGUGUUGCUUAGGCAAGAGUAUGAUGGAAAGGCAGGUGCAUUAUAUAGCAGAAGAUCACCUCAACCGACCCAGAUUUCUAGGAAGAUUGAAGUAGUUGGUUUGGAGAUAAUGAGUCUAAAAAUAAGGAGAAAACUUGCAAGAGGAGUGGAGAGAUCAUGGGCCUAAAUUUCUGGAGCAAAACCACCAGCAGAAAACUGCAAAUAACCUCCAUUAGAGUGGUUAUUUUUGGGAGUUUAAAGGGCUGAGAUUUAAUCUCAGCAUGAUCCGACGGUCGAGAUGGAUUUCAAAGGAACAUGGACAGAAAAACUGCUCAAUAGUGGGAUAGUGCUGCUCAGAACUGCUGUUCGGUUCAGUUUAGGAACAUGGACAGAAACUGCUCAAACGUGGGAUGGUGCUGCUCACAACUGCUCAGAACUGCUCAGAACUGAUGUCAACAGCAGUUAAAAUUAAGAGUUUAUACGGCCCAGAUUUAAUCUCAGCAUAAUCGAACGGAUGAUAUUGAUUUCACCAAUAACUCCCACUUAAUGGGUUCCAUAUAUAUAUAUAAUUACAUAACUUAGAACGAUUUUUCAAUCAGAAAAAACCAAGAGACUUCACCUCCCUGAAGA